CAGAUUACCACGGAAAACAUUGACAACUGCCGACAUCGGUCACGGCAUCCGGGACAAUAUGCCGGCGGGAUAGAAGGACCCUAGCUUUGCAUCCCCGUCGAUAGUUGCAUCCCUUUCGGUCCAGACCUCUUGAUCGAUCAUUAGCCAAGUCCCUGCAUUUUGAGGACAGAUCCUCCAGAUGUUGUGUUGUUUGUUGUGAAUAGCUUCGCCCAACUGUGAGUCAGUACUGUAAUGUAGGCAAGGUAGGUACCUACCUCACCUUACCUUAGGUAGGUCAAGUCGCUUUGGUAAUCAUUGGUACCCACAGACACCACUAUUGGAAAAAAGAUAACCCACCAGCUCCAAAUCCUGUAUGUACCCUGUUCACUAUUAUCCUACUGUUAUCACUCAGAAAAUCAAGCAACGAUUCAACAGAUACUGGUACAACUAUUCGUAUCUUGACGAUACCAGGCUGCUUUUCCCCCAAGACCCCCCUCGCCCUUCCCGAGACGGAUGCAAAAUGUCACCAGUCAGCGCUGCCCCUCCCCCGCUUCCCAUGCACGUGUACAAAAUCCUGCCGACGGCUCCCCCGGCGCCGUUGCCGAGUCCGUACCCACUAUCGGAUCUGGACAAGAAGGAUGGUUUUGUUCACCUGAGCACCGCAUCGCAGAUCCCUAUAACCGCGGGAAUCUGGUUCAAAGACUUUAGCGAGCUUUGGAUCCUCAAGCUCAACCUCACCAGGUUUGAAAAGGAUAUAAACUGGGAUACGCCUGGGUGUCCGCAUUUGUAUGGGAAUUUUGGUGCCGAGGAGGUUGUUGAUAGUAGGAAGUUUGUGAGAAGCGAUGGGCAGGAAUGGCAGGAAGUUCUGGGCGGUUGCAGUGAUUGGUUUGUGUAAAAACCACAGCGUCUACUGUACGAGGCAGAGGCGUCUAUACAGGGAUCUUUCCGCUUGGUCUACCAUGUAAGACGAGUUUAGUUGCCUUUGAGCAUUUUCCACUUGAGCAAGUCAGGUACAAGGUAUUCUAGAUCUGAUCAUGAAGAGCGC